AUGCGACUUGGUCAAGGUGACCCGUUCGUCUGGUCCAACCUACAUCAGACAGCUGCCGAUGCAAACACAGCCAUGGGACAAAACACCACUCCAAUUCAGCCCCGUCAGCCGCGAAGCGUGUUCGACAAGUUCCAGCUCCAGCGGCCAAGCGCGUCCGGUGGAGUUUCGAAAGCGGGUGCCUACCAUCCUGAACUCCAAGCUAUGUUGGACGAUGAGGGUAUUGACAUCAAAGUCUCGAAUGGUGGCAACUGGGGGGAUACAACCGAUCAAGUUCUCCGGCGCCUACCAUCUUUGGUUCAAUCGGUGCUGUCACGGGGCGGUCGCUUGUCGUUUGUAUUGGUGUUGGCUGGCACGAACGACUUGCUGCAGCUGCCGCGACAGGCGGUGAGCGCUUCGAUUCCUGGUAUUAUGGCAAGGGUCAGAGAGAUAUGUGAAUUUGCCUCACAGGCUGCUUUUCAUCCCCAUGUUGGUAUCCUAUUGCUGCCGCCUCUGCUUAGCAGGGAUGCCGACAGGGUGAAGUUGAAUCAAGGCCUCCAAAGCCUCCAUCAAGUCCAUCUGCCAUCGGAACCAUCGAAAGCUGCUGCGGCUCCAGGAGCAGGUCUCCGCGGUCUCCGCUUCCUCGUGGACUUAAGUACAGUGGACGCAGCUCUCUCGACAGACGGAGUCCAUUACGGGCAAGAAGGGUACAAGCAGUUUGCGAAACGAGUGAUGCAAGUGAUUCUGCCCAUGUUGAAGGCUGACUCAGCCGCCCAUCAGCGCCUGGUGACAUCUGUCAUGUCAGGAUGUUGCCGGGGCUUAAAGGUGUACAAUGCCAAGUACAUGGACCACAUUGUAAAGCAGAUUCCCUUCCAGAUGCAUCGUUUGCUACCUGCUUGUCCGGUUGCCGUUCUGAAUGUCUUGCAAGAAACGCUUGACUGUGGCAAGUUCUUUACAGCAACAGCUGCGUUGCGUCGUUGGGUCAGCUGCUGUGCUCCACCACUCCGCGCGAUGUCCAACUGGCUCGGAACGGCCCAUGAACAGGUCACAAACGCCCUGGCAAGUGCACCGAGCUUGCAAGAAGCGGCCGCAAAGUUGGGCAUCAAUGAUAUUUCGCAGUGGGCAAGUGCGAAGGCCCUUGAGCUGCACUCCAAAGCUCGGGAGCAGGCCAAAGAGCUUGCCGGAGCCAAGAUGAAAACAGAGUUUGGGCCGGAGAUUCUGGAAAUGCUGGAUGCCUUGUCGGAGUGCACGAGAAAAAUUUCGGAGGAGUUGCGACUUCAGAAUGCGAAGUUUGGCGUCUCUUUGGCCCUUCCGUUGGUGGCCCUGCAGCACAACUCUUUGGAUCCUCCCACAAGCCAAGGACCAAUGCUGGAUAUUGCAGUGGUGACGGAAGCCUGUCAUUGGGUUGACUUCGCAAUGGGAGCCUACGGGACCACUGACAUUCAGGGAUACGACAAGGCCAGUGUGCUCGCUGCUGUCGAGCAGGGUGGUCCGAAGAAAGGCAUCGAAGUCCGUGUGGCACACUUGCCUGCCAAAGGCGUCAAUAUGCCGGGUCACUUUGUGGCUUUGGACAGGACAAACCGAGUCGUUGUGCUUGGCAUACGCGGAACGACAACACUAUCUGAUGCUCUGACUGAUGCAGUGGGUGAGGCAACGAAGGUUCCGGAAUGCCCUGGGCUUCUUGCCCACAAAGCAAUGCUGGCCAGUGCACGGGCCGUUCUUGAGCGUACGCGACAAGCUCUUAACGAAGCAUUAAGAGAAAAUCCAGGCUACGGCCUUGUCGUCACGGGGCACAGUCUUGGAGCAGGAACCGCCAUACUCUGCACAAUCCUUCUCAGUGUCGCACCAUUGGAGUCGCGACCCCGCCUGAAGUGCUUCGCAUUCGCGCCGCCACCCGUGGUUGGGCCAUUGAGCAACAAAAGCUUUAGUGCUUUGGAGAUUCAUUCGUUCAUCAACCGAGCAGAUGUCGUGCCACGAGCAAGCCUGGCCAACGUUUUCCAUCUUGGACAGGAAUGCAUGGCGGUAGAUGGCCUGGAGCUGGAUUUCCUCCGCCGAUUCAACUUGAUGCGGAGAGACGCCAACCCCGAGGACGAGCUCGAAAAAGAGGCCGUGCAGAAGGUGCUGUCGUCCGUCAAAGAUUGCCAACAUCAGCGGAAGCAAAAGGAUCACGAGUCCUUUCCUCCACUUUUCGUUCCCGGGCAGGUAUAUUGGAUCGAAUGGCUGGGUCAGGAUGGAAGUGUUCAGGACUCGCCAACCGAAGCAAAUGCCCCGGAGAGAAUGCCGAGGAUACACUUGACCUCCGCCACGGAGUUCCAGUCCUUGCUGCUGCGUGGUGGCACCAAUGCUUUGAAAGAUCACCUGUGUGGAAAUUACAAAGAAGGCUUGGAGAAGUACAAAGUUCAUUUAAAGGCAAACGAUGGCUGCUGGUGCGUCGUCAGUUGA